AUGCAAUCAGGGACGGGAGACAUGGAGGCAGAGCAAGACAAGAGCGCGAUGGGAGAGGAGGUAGACGACCCGAGGAUAGACGCACAGCAUGCAUACAAGGAGAUGUGCGAGACCAGCUCUCUUGGGUUGGUUGGGGCAUGGAAGGCGGGAUGUUGUGCAUGGAGCGAAGCCGAGUGUUCAGUCAUGGGGCCAGACAGCUCUCAGAACCCUCAAGCACACUUGAUGAUUCCCCAGUCCUCAGCGAUGAACGGAGCUCAGCUGCUGAUGCCGCACUCCCUUCCCCAUAUGCUCGCGCCGAUGCAGCAUCAGAUGAUCGGGUUCCGAGGUGGCUCCCCUCCCCCGAUGAGCCCCACCAACUUGGCUCCGCACAUGCCGCACUCGUUCUCGCCCAACGCUUCCAGGUCUCCCGUCUCUGCCUCCAAGGGAAUUCCUUUACAGAUGCCGCUAAACAUGCACGGUAUGAAAGUUGUCCCGCACAGUCAAGAUCGCUCAAUGAUGCCGGAUCAACUCGACAAGACUUCUCCCAAGGGCAACUACCCGCCGAGCCCGAUGGCGGAGGGGCAUGCCAACAAGUCGCCACCCCAGCAACAUUCACGUGGAAGGAUCUAUUCUGUUCCGAACAAUGCCGGGACUGGAACUGAGAGCUUGAAAACCUCUCAGUCAACGAUGCCGACGAAAGACAUGGACAAGCGGAUCGAAGACCUCAAGAAGAAGUUGUCGUCCAAGGAAGGUGACCUAAAAGAUCUGCAGGAUCGCUUCAUAGAUCUGGAGCAUGAGAACUCAAAACUUCUAUCUGAACUCAAACAUCUCCGAGAAAUGGCCGCAUUCGGUCACAAGGAGUGCAGGCGCUGCAAUGAGUUGAACGUCCGAGUGAAGGACCUGGAGGCCCGCUACAACGCUCUCGAGAGUGAGAACCGAACCCUGCGCAACAAUGCCAACGUGAAAGCACCCGUCAACGGUGCCAACGUGAAAGCACCCGUCAACGGUGUUGUGAACGCCAAGACCCCCAACCAGAAGGUCGGCAUCGGGAUUCUCCUGGAACGCCUCGAAGAUGACUCGACAGUCAUCACUGACAUCGUGCCUGGUUUCGGCGCUCACCUCAGCGGCAGACUGCAGAUCCGAGAUCACGUGAUGGCGAUCAACGGGGUGUCGAUUGCUGGUCUGCAGCUGGACGAGGUGAAAAUGUUGACGGUGGGAGAAGAGGGAAGCACUUGCAACAUCCUUGUCGACAGGAAUGGUCAAAGACUCGAGGUUCAAUGCAAACGGUUGUAUCCUGAUAAAGUCGAUGACACCAACUACAAAUGUGCCCACAGGAUCUCAUCAAGACCGGCGGAUAGCAAGUACACGUCGCACGACAACCUGUUCCAGUACUUCUGGUUCGACAAAUUGUGA